AUGGAUAACAACGCAGCUGUAGCUGCACCUACAAGCCGAGGAAACCGCCCUCCUUCCGGGAAAUUGGACAAGCAAAAACCAAAAAAUGACAAACCUUUACCUCCAUCCCAUAUCCUCUCGAAGAAUGACCAAGGCUUUCGUCGUAUAGUUCGCAACUUUUCACCUUCCUGGUUCUCCGCUACAAUGGGAACUGGAGUGGUCGGCGUUCUCCUCCAUGCUAUCCCAUGGCAGGCUGCGUGGYUCAACUACCUCUCAAUUGCAUUCUUCAUCCUGAAUACGAUCCUUUUCUUCGCUGCUUUUGGGACUUCUGUGGUGAGAUAUACUGUCUGGCCAGAAAUCUGGGUUGUCAUGAUUCAGGAUCCUGCCAACAGCCUCUUUCUCGGAACGAUUCCCAUGGGUUUCGCAACGCUGGUGAAUCUCUGGAUUGCACAUUGCGUUUCGAGAUGGGGAGAGUGGGCUGUUUGGGUGGGUUGGAGUCUUUGGGUGUUGGAUUCUAUCGUUGCUGUAGGGGUUACAGUCACAUUAGGCAUACUACUCAUGUCCGCCCAUCAUCAACGUUCCCUGGACAGCAUAACCGCCGCCCAACUCCUGCCCAUAGCAGCAACAAUCGUCUCCUCCGCCCUUGGCUCCAGCGUAGCCCAGAUUCUCCCUACAACUCACCCAACUCUCAUCCUCGCCACGAUCCUUGCAAGCUACAUAAUGUGGGGCAUGGCCGUCCCUCUCGCCUUCUCGAUCCUAGUAAUCUACUUCCAACGCCUAGCUCUCCACAAACUGCCGCCUCGAGAAGUCAUCGUCUCGGCCUUUCUACCUCUAGGACCUCUCGGCUAUGGCGGCUACGUAGUCUUGAAUCUCGGGAAAGCAUGUCUCAAAAAUCUUCCAGUCGAUGGAAGUGGACCACUGGACGGCCGCACAGUAUAUACCAUUGGGUUCAUCGUUUCGUUGGUAAUGUGGAGCCACGGGCUGCUCUGGUUCGCAUUGGCAUUGGCGAGUAUUUGGAAAGCACAUCCUAUACCUUUCAACAUGGGCUGGUGGGGUUUCACGUUUCCAUUAGGUGUGUAUGCGCUGAGUACGAUUCUUAUUGGGGAGGAAUUGCCUUCCAAAUUCUUUCGCAUUUUGGGGACGGUGUUUGCUGUUGCGGUGGUGUUGCUCUGGGGUUUAAUUGCGAUUAGGACUGCGAGGGGUGCUUGGACGGGGAAGUUGUUCCACGCUCCUUGUUUGGCGAAUCUGAAAAAAGGCGAGAUGGUGAUUGAGGAGGAGAAGGGAGUUUUCGGAGAGGGUUAG